GUAGUGAAUGUAAUCAUUGAUCACGAUAACAAAUUGUCAGUUUCCUUACAUAUAAACCGGUUUCGAGCACCGUCAUACGAAGAUAAAGAAAGAAUCCGCUAGGUCAUAAAUUUACAUUAAUGUGGUUAAGAAAAGGAAAGCGAGGAUUUGAAGUAUGAGUCUUAUGAAAAAUUCAAAUCAGGUUAUCCUAGAUGAUCAGUUGCAACACUUUAUUGAGACUGAGACGAAAAAGCAAGAAUUUCAGCGGUUAGUACAUGAGUUAACAGGUAUUUGUUGGGAGACUUGUAUGGAUAAGCCAUCGCUACGCUUGGAACCUAAAGUUCACAAGUGUUUUGUGAAUUGUGUCGAGAGAUUCAUCGACACUACUAAUUAUAUCACAAAUAGAAUAGAACGUGUUGCUACAAGUAUACAGCCUGAAUCAGAUAGCAUAGAAUGAUUGCAUCAUUCUGAAGAUGGAUGUAUCUAUAUUUCUCUUCUAUAAGUUAUAGAAUGUUGGUAAUAUAUUUAUAUAUGAACUGACAAACAGUUAUAAACAUU